AUGUUGUGGGCCGAGCCGGUAGUGCGUAUACUGGGUGGUGUAGUGCUGAUACUUACGUCCUGGUCAAUGAUAUUACAAAUGUUGCGGUACGUGCGCGGUGUCCCCAUGUCUGUGCGAAUAGGAAAAGAGGUUUCCUCUGUUGCGUUUGAUGUCGCGGCGUAUGCCAUCCUCUUUGUCCCUGUUACUCUACGGGGAAGGGAUAUGCUUACCACAACGCAUAAAAAAUUUUUGUGGACGUGUUUCGCUGCUGCAUGUACAGCUAUCAUAACUGUACAUUUAUUGGUUCACCUGACAGUACCUAACCAUCACCGUCAGACCCAAGAACUUAUGAUAAUGUUGGCCCGUGUGACGUCUGACGUCAUAAUGUUUUUUUGUGGAUGUAAUGUGGUGCUGAGUACAAAAUGCAGUUUUUCAGGAUGUCGCUGGUUUCUGGACCGCCGUAAGAAGAAUCAAUAUCCCACCUAUGGUGGAGCACUGCGGCUCAGAGUACGUUAUGUUGUUCUUGUUGGCAUCAUAUUAUUUAUGCUGCUAGCGUCGACUUUGCCAGGACAUUUUCAAGGUGGUGCAAAGCGCUUGCUGGAGGUUGGUAUGCUGGGCGAUUAUGUGGACUUUUGUGGAUUUGAAGGGAAACGAUUGAUGUCUAGCGCUGCGAAUGGAUGGGUGAUUCCAGAGUAUACCCAUCGUAGACUGCUGAACGCAUAUAGCGGGAGUGAUCAAUGUGGCGUGAACAAAAUUUCAUUUAUGGAUGAGGAUGAGGCCGUUCUGGUUGUCUUGCCAUUUUGCCCAGAUGGAGGUGAGAAACCGGCUAUUUAUCGUGAGCGCCCGGAGCGUAGUGAACUCAAUAAUGGUCCAGAAGUUCUUCCCAAGGUUCAGAAUAAUAGUCUUGCGUGGCACCGCAUAAUGGAGGCGCGUUAUGGCACUGAUGAGGAAACUCACAAGUCUAUGGGUGUUCGUGUCAACCGUGACCACUCUGGUCUCAUUCAAUCUGUAGAAGUUCUUCCUUCAGCUUUAAAUCUAGUGCGGCGGAAGCCACGAACCAAACAGGAACGAGUGAUUCGUGCAAAUUGGCCUACACAAGAUGUAUGGCAGAUUCCAUUGGGAGAUAGCGGAGCUUACGGGGUUUACUGUCCCUUCACUGAUUACGAAGAGUAUCACAUGUUUCCACCACCUCGGAAACGUUCGAAAACUGAUAUGAGUGCAAAUACUACAGGUAAUGCUCAGCCACAGCCUCCGGCCAGCGUUCUUGUGCUAGUCCUUGAUGCAGUGAGCCGCCAGGAGGUGUUGCGUUCCUUGCCAAAGUUCAGCAAGUGGCUCCAAAAAAUCCGAGACGACGAUAUGAAACCACACAUUUUUGUGGAAGCAAAGGGAGCCACAACACUCUCACAUAGUACGGAGGCAAAUUUUGUCCCACUUCUCACUGGCCGGGUGCCACAUUUGAUGAAGGAACACGAAAAAUCUGGAUCUCUCCAUAAAAGUCUAUUUCACUUGGUGAAAGAACGUUAUGGUGACCGUUUUAGCACCUCCUACACAAUUGGAGACUGCUUUGAUCUGAUGACGUCGAUCUUAAAAGAAAAGAACUACAGCGCCGGGUUCGGUGAGCCAUACGCUGAUGACGUCGAUUAUCACACGUUUGGUCCUUUCUGUCAUCUACAGUACUCUGCUCUUGAGGGUAAUUUCCAGGGUGGCAACAGCAUCUUGAAACGGUGCAUUGGCCAGCAGUACGUUCAUGAGUACGUUUUGAAUUACACACGUGCGCUUUUGAAGAGACGGUUAUCUUUUCGCCGCCGACAGCGCCAGGCGAAAGACUUUUCUGAAAGUAACUUAUUCCCCAUACUGGACGAUGCAGACUUCUUCUUUGACGUGUCACACUUGGUUGAGGGCCACGAGGGAACCCAUGGGGUGCUGUACCUCGUUGAUGGCGCCCUCACAGCUUUCCUUGAGGAGCUGCGGACGGAACUCCACUUCUUCGACGACCCUUCUAACAUCCUCGUGGUGCUGUCUGACCACGGCAACCACAUGGGCCCUUAUUACGAGCUUACUGCACCUGGCAAGCUGGAGCGGGCUUUGCCAUUUGCUGGUAUGAUACUACACCCUGAUGUUCUCUCCCGUGUCGACCGCUUGAAGGGGCAAGAGGUAGGAUCGGCACAGCGCAAUUUGAAGAAGCGCACCAGCCGUAUCUCUACCCACUUGGACAUAUACUUGACCCUCGCUGACUUGCUGGGUGUUGAGGGAAAGCUUGACGAAGAUGUGCUAAGGGCACGCGUCCCUCCGUUAUCCUUCUUCGAAAUGCGCGAUAACCCUCCUGUUGAUCAAUGCGAAGACAUCUUAGCACUUAAUAACAAGGCGUCCGGGUGCUAUUUAGAGUGGUGCGAAAGUUUAUGA